CAUGAUUGAACAUCAUGUUGAUAAGGAUGAAUUUGUUGAUAUUUCGUUGACGAAAAUGAUAACUACUUUACCAUGCUGUCUCAUACCAUGCGAUCAUCAUACGAAUCACACAGUAGACGCGAUCUCUGUAAAUUUGCAUGCCCGAGAAACUGUAACGUACGAAACUUCAGACCCCAAGUAUUGAUUAUACGCUACUUGUACCUGUUGCCAUAACAAGCGAACUAGCAUUAUGGUAACAAUACACACAUAGAGCAAUUCACAAUUCACUUCCAACAUUGUAAAGCGUACAAUCUUCGCGCAAGCGCUUUUCGUUACACAUCAAAGGCUGCCAGUGAAGCGACCGUUCAGUGAUCAGCCCAUCUUCAAUGAGCGAUCAUGGGCAAUCCCGUGCAUAAUCGCGAGCCCUUCAACAUAUAUCCGGCCGAUAAAGAGCGCAAUAUUCGGGUAAUCCGUUGGUUGCUGAAAUCGAUAUGUCUCUGGCCCCGUUCGAGCAACGCUUCAAUUGUCGACCGAGUCUUCUCAGAAUGUUUAUUAGUUACGUGUUUUUUCUUAUUAAUUAUCACAAUGGUGAGCUGUGGUCGAGUUCUCUUUGUAAAGGAACGUGCAGAUGUGGACUUGUUAAUGACGCAUAUCGGACCAUUUCUAUGCUAUGUCAUGACGAUCAUGAAGUAUAUCUGCCUGGUGCUGCACGUCGACGACAUACGCAGCUGUGUGAAAUACAUUGAGGUGGACUGGAACACUGUGAGGAGCAACGAAGACUACGAGGUGAUGCUGAGAAACGCCAAGAUCGGCGGCCUCAUGGCCACUUCGAUCGCCGCGUUCAUGCACUGCGCCGUGCAAUUCUAUAGUGUGACCAGGUGCUUAAUGAAGAAUGUCGUGGAAGUGGACAAUGUCAGUGUCACAAUCCGCGAGCUGCCCUAUCCGUUCUACAACGAGAUUCUAGACGUACGCUUCAGCCCGGCGUAUGAAUUAGUGUUGGUUCUCCACGUCGUAUCAGCAUUUGUCAUGAGCGGUGUCACCAGUGUCACCUGCGGUUUGAUGGUGAUCUUCGUGAUGCACGCGUGUGGACAGCUGAAGAUUCUAAUAAUAUGGUUAAAUGAUAUCGUACAAGAUAACGAUGCUAUAAACAUCAGCACGGUGCAGCGAAAAAUGGGUUUCAUCGUUGAACAUCAUUUAAAGGUGAUAAAUUUUGUGUCCCACAUAGAGGAAGUAAUAUAUCUGACAUGUUUCGUGGAAGUGGUAGGAGGUUCGCUGACAUUGUGUCUCCUCGGAUAUUGUUCUAUCAUGGCAUGGAAUCAAAACAAAAGAGAAAGCAUCGCAACGUACUGUAUAGCAGGCUGUUCUUUUUCGUUCAAUAUUUUUAUAAUUUGCUACAUUGCCGAAAUUCUCAGCGAACAGUACAGACGUGUUGGUAUAGCGACUUAUAUGUUGGAGUGGUAUCGUCUACCUCCGAAAACUGCUAUCGGUCUUCUUCUGAUAAAUUUGAGGUCUAAUUUUAAGAUCAACCUCACAGCCGGCAAAAUGGUCGAUUUGUCUUUGUACACAUUUGGGAAUGUCUUAAAAGCGUCGAUGACUUACUUGAAUAUGCUACGACAAGUGACUGCAUAGAUUAUCAUAUUUAUUUUGCAUGUAGAAGUAAAAUAAACAGCCUUCAAAUUGAAAGGCAAAAUGUA